CAGUAUCUCUAUGAAGGGAUGAAGAUCAGUGAGUUGCCAGUGGAUUUUUCAGUGGUCUGGAACGGCAACUUCAUUAUAGACAAUCCAGAUAAUAUCCAAGUGCACCUGUAUAAGUGUGUGGCCCAGAGGGACAGCUGUGGCAUGUGUCUGAAAGCCCAGAGGAAGUUCCAGUGUGGCUGGUGUAGUGGAGAGGGCCGAUGUACCCUGCGCCACCACUGCCCACCCCUCAACCCCUAUACCACCCGCUGGCUAGACCUGUCCAGCAAGAAGGUCCAGUGUACCAACCCACGCAUCACAGAGGUGACCCCAGUAGCAGGCCCUCCAGAGGGGGGUACCAGGGUGACCAUCCAUGGCAUGAACCUGGGCCUGGCAUUCAGUGAGAUGGUGGACAACGUGAAGGUGGCUGGGGUCAAGUGUUCCCCUGUGGAGGAAGGCUACAUUAUCGCAGAGCAGUAA